GCCGCGCAAGGCCGUAUUGUUCACUGCACAGCCAUGGCAAUGUGUGGCUAUUGUUUUAAACGGGGUAAUUUUUGGUGUGUUCUGAUGUCUUAAAUUUAGGAUGCUGGAGAUAAUCAAAAAAUAACGCUGAAAGGAAAGACAAUUUGACUGUUGACUGUAUAAAAGGAAACUGGAUUCAUAUUAGCGAUGGAUGGCGAAAAACAACGGCGCGGAUGGGAGUAUUGGUGGAUUGUUCUGUGGUUCGCUUUACUGCUGUGCUUUGUGGACCAGGUUUCAACUCAGAUUCGGUAUUCUCUUCCAGAGGAGGUAAAGGAGGGAUACACUGUCGGAAACAUUGCUAAGGAUUUGGGUAUCGAUGUCAGCUCUUUGGUGGACAGACGGUUUAGGGUUGUUUCUGGAGCUAAUGACGCUCUAUUCCAGGUAAACCAGAACAAUGGCGUUUUGUCUGUUAAAGAAAAAAUAGACAGGGACGAACUCUGUGGUAAAAACCGAGCAUGCACAGUAAAUAUAAAAACCGUUGUUGAAAAUCCCUUAGAAAUACAUUACAUUGAAGUUGAAGUCACUGACGUUAAUGACAAUUUCCCUGUUUUUGCAGAAACAAAAAUUUACUUAGAAAUACCUGAAAAUACUUUACCAGGGGCAAGAUUUGAACUCCCCGCAGCACGGGACCUGGACGCUGGGGUCAAUUCUAUUCAUACUUAUAAAUUAGGUCAAAACGAACAUUUCCAGUUGCAAUUAAGAGAUGGUGAUGAUGAGGAUAAAAUCGUGUUCUUAGUUCUACAUAAACAGUUAGAUAGAGAGCAAUAUACCAGUCAAUCUCUAUUACUGACAGCAUAUGAUGGAGGAAACCCUCCUAAAUCUGGCACUUUAAACAUAACAGUUUGCGUUAGUGAUAUUAACGACAACAGACCUGUAUUCACUCAGGAAACGUAUACGGUGAUGUUAAAAGAAAAUACACCAACAGGAUCUAUUAUUGCCACUGUAAAUGCUAGUGAUGCAGACGAUGGUCUGAACGGAGAAGUGGAGUAUGCAUUCAGUAGGUCUUCAAAAAGUCAAAUAAAUGACAAAUUUUAUUUAGAUAGUGUUACCGGAGAAAUCAGCAUUAAGGGGAAGAUUGAUUUUGAGGAAAAUGAGGCCUAUAGGUUAAAUGUCCAAGCCACCGAUAAGGGUCAACCGCCAAUGACUGGAGAUUGCAGAGUUCUCAUAAAGGUUACAGACGUGAACGACAACAAGCCAGAAAUAGAUAUAACGUCUUUAUCCAACAUGACGCCGGAGGGCUCUAAACGCGGAACAGUGAUUGCUCUUAUUAGUGUAACUGAUAAAGAUUCUGGUCUAAACGGUAAAGUUGUUUGUAGUCUUCCAGAUAAAGUACCGUUUGAGUUAAAAUCAUCAGUAAAAGGAAACAUGUACUCAUUAGAGACCAAAGAUGCGUUGGACAGAGAACUUGUGUCAUACUACGACAUAACUAUAAUAGCAACAGACCUAGGUCAACCUCCUCAACUCAGUCAUAAAACUAUUAGAGUGCAUGUUGCUGACGUGAACGACAAUAGCCCUGAAUUCCCUUAUAAUCCUAUUAAUCUUUAUUUGUUGGAAAAUAACUCACCAGGGGCACCUAUUUUCUCAGUAAGUGCCAGAGAUAAAGAUUUAAAUGAAAACGCUGUUAUCACUUAUUCGGUUAUCAAAGGGGGUAUGCAGAAUGACAUGGCAUCAUUUAUCAACAUACAUUCUGAAAAUGGACAGAUAUAUGCUUUGAAACAGUUUGACUUUGAGACAGUGAAGUCAUUCCAGUUCCACGUGUCCGCUUCAGAUUCUGGAACUCCAGCUCUAAGCAGCAACGUCACAGUGAACGUGUUCAUUCUGGAUAAGAACGACAAUGUUCCAGUGAUUUUAUAUCCGGUCACCUCUAACGGAUCUGCUGAAGGUGUUGAGGAGAUUCCUCGCAAUGUGAACGCAGGACAUUUGGUGACCAAAGUGAGAGCCUAUGACGCAGAUAUAGGAUACAACGGCUGGCUAUUAUUUUCACUGCAGGAAGUGAGUGACCACAGUCUGUUUGGUUUGGACCGCUAUACUGGACAGAUAAGAACCCUUCGCUCAUUCACAGAAACCGACGAGUCUCAACAUAAACUGGUCAUACUGGUCAAAGACAAUGGCAACGUGUCACUUUCAGCUACAGCAACAGUGAUUAUUAAAGUUGUAGAGCCCAGAGAGGCAUUUGCAGCCUCUGAUAUAACAAACACUGUUAAAGAUGAGGAGGGCAGUAACAUUAUUUUUUAUUUAAUCAUUACCUUGAGCUCAGUUUCAAUACUUUUUAUUGUCAGUAUUAUUGUUUUAAUUGUAAUGCAGUGCUCCAAAUCAACAGAAUAUUCCUCCAAGUAUUUACAAGAUACAAAUUAUGACGGGACACUGUGCCACAGCAUCCAGUAUAGAUCUGGAGAUAAACGCUACAUGUUAGUUGGACCUAGAAUGAGUAUCGGUUCUACUAUAGUUCCAGGCAGUAAUGGGAAUACACUCAGAGUAACCAACAAACGACAAUCAACACUAGAGGUGAGUCUUGUGAUC